UAUUUUUGUUUACUUGUCAUAAUAAGUGUGCCAUAACCUCUUGAAUUUGCAGAAGUUUUCUUUCUCUCUAUAAAAAAAAAAUUCUUUCUUUCUUGUGGAGCUAUAAAAAAAACGGAGAAAAUGUUAUUCAAGAACUAAACAUUUUUGUGAUUUCAGUGAUAAAAUAAAGAGGAGAAGAAAAAAAUAUGACGACAAUUGUUGAAGAGACAAUGGACGUGCCGGAGGAAUUGACUCUACAUUGGGCGGAGGAUGUGGGCAAUGUCAUUCACGAGGAGGUGUGCGGCCUCGAGACGGAAAUGGUCGCACAAGAAGAGGAAGUUAUUGGCGCUUGCGAGGAAGUUAUCGAGGAGGCCGUCGAGGAGGAAGUUAUCGAACAACAACCCGAACAAGAGGCAAACGACACUGAGAUUUUAAUGGUGCCGCAAUCGAGUGAUAUGGAAUCAAUUUAUAUUGUUCCACAGGAUCAGGGCCAUGAUUAUUUCAAUAUUCAAGUCACCGAGGAAGUUGUCGCCGAUAGUUGGGAUCGAUCUGGACCCGACGAUGGCGUCGAGAUUCCGGAGACAAAAGUCUCGCACGACAAUUUAUUGGAAUACGACGAUAUGGAAAUUCCAUUGCCGAUUGAUCAGGAUUCGUAUACAAAUACACGGCCCUAUCCUUGCGAUUUUUGCAGUCGUCGCUUUCGAAAGAAGGCGAAUUUAAUGAAUCACAUGGUGGCACAUCAAACCGAUCGUCCACAUGGUUGCAAUCUUUGUGGUGCGCGUUACGUGCGCAAAUGUGAUUUAAUGAAUCAUUUGAAAAUUCAUGCCUACGCACCGUCGCGCGACGGUCUCGAUGAUGAUCUCAAUGACGAGGAUCCCCUGAUGAACGAUGAAGAGGAAAUGACAAAAGUUUUUGUUCGUCCAGGUCGACGAAAGAAGGUGCAAUCGAAUACUCCACGUAGACGAAAAAACAAUGCAGCAGCGGCGGGCGGUAAACGUUCAAUGGUCGUCGCUGGCGGUACAACAACAGCAACAACGACAUCGUCAUCGUCAUCAAAUCUCGCCGACGAUGGCAAAGAAGUCGUUGGCAAACUAAUGAAUAAAUCGCAAUACAAUUACGUUGCCGAGGACAUACGUUUAAUGGAAGUUGCGUCGCGCAGCACGACAAAUAAUCGCGGUGGCAAUAGUUUGGCGUCGAGCUCACGCUGGACAGAUCAAAUGACAAUCAUCAAUGAUCCACCGCGUUGGCCAAUCACCGAUCCAACGAAACCCUACGUGUGUCAAAAUUGUGGCGUUGCAUUCGCACGCGAGAAGGCGCUCGCCUCACACUCGCGAAUACACGGCGGCGACAGUCCACUGGAAUGCUCGAAUUGCGGCGAAAUGUAUUGGGACUUGAAUGCACUGCGGGAGCACAUGAAAAAUAAACACGGCAGCACCAUUGAAAUUGCCAACGAUCAAAUUGAUGGCAAUGAGGCGACAAAUUACACGGGCGAUGAUCGUUUUGGGGAAUUUUUCUGCGACACAUGCGGUGUUCCUUUUCAUCGAUUGGAUCUUCUCAAGCGUCAUCGGAAAACUCACGUGAAACAGGAAAUGGAUUUAAAUGAGGGACCGAGUCAACAGCAUGUGUGCACUGUUUGUGGCGAAUGGUUCGAGGAGGCAUUGGCACUGUUGGCGCACGCCGAACUUCAUGCACGCUCGCACAAUCGCCGCUGUCUAUUGUGCGGCGAACGUUGUCGCGACGAUGCCGAUGUUGCCGAACACGUUAGGCAAAAUCACGCGGACGAUGCCCCACCAAAUACCUGCAAUCUCUGCGGGAAAACAUGCAAGGACAAGAGGAGUCUUUUGAAGCACGCUUGGAUUCAUAAUUCGGACAAAAAUUGCAAUUGCACCAAGUGCGGUAAACGCUUUCACAGCAAGGCUCGAUUACGACGACACAUGCUGUCGCAUCGCAAUAAAAAUGUGGCGUGCGACGAGUGCGGCGAGGAAUUCGCCGAUGGCAGAACGCUGAUGAGCCAUCGACAUUCGCAUAAUAAGGAACUCGGCGGACGAUCGUUUCCAUGUCGUGAAUGUGGAAAAACCUUUGGCAGCCGAAGCUCGCAACAAAUUCACAUUCGUAUUCACACUGGUGAACGUCCAUAUUCGUGUCGCUUCUGCUGGAAAGCAUUUGCCGACGGUGGAACAUUGCGUAAACACGAGCGCAUUCACACUGGAGAGAAACCCUAUGGCUGCACUAUUUGUCCCCGUGCUUUCAAUCAGAGAGUCGUUCUUCGUGAGCACGUGAGAGCCCAUCAUUCCGGACCGGAUCCAAAAUGCCACGGCAGUAUGACACCAUAUUUAUGUAAAGUUUGCGGCGAAACCUACGCAACAUCAGACGAGAUAGUCGUUCACAUAAUUCAGCAUUGCGACGAGAAUACCGCAUUGAGACGACAACCACAAUCAGGUCCAAGAAAAUAUAAACGUCGACGCAAAGUCAAAAGUCAUGACACUUCAGUGUCGUCGCGUGUCUCCGAAAGUUACGAUCUCAUUGACGGUCAAUCCGAUUCCGACGACAAUGCCAAACGAAAAGUUACUCGAAAGACAAAAAAUCAGCAAUUGCAACAACUUCAGCAGCAGCAACAACAGCAGCAGCAACAACAACAACAGCAGCAGCAGCAACAACAACAAAAUCGUUCGUCGGAUGAAAAUUAUCAAAAUGUUCUGAAAACAUUCGAGAGUUCAAUGCAGAAUAUAAACGUUGUGUCGAAGAUGACGACAACGCCGACAAAGGGAACGAAGGUGGCGAAGAAAAAAAUAAAGCGCGAGGAGAAGAAAAUUGAGACGCCACUGAAUGCAACGUUGGGACGUUCGAAAAUGAUUCACACGCAGAAGACGCGUGUGCCAGUGGAAAUUGGCACCGAGGGCGUGAAAAAGGGACAGAAGACAAAGACAAUGAUAACGAGAACGCCAAAGUUGAUAAGCGAGGCGCAGCAGCAUAAACUCGGGAUUUUCCCCGGUGGCGAGCGGAAUCGACCGCGAACAAAAAAUGUCAGCUAUCACGUCGAGACGAAGCAGCUAACGCCCGCGACAUUCCCACUUGACAAGGAGAAGGAGAACGAGCUGAUGGACAAAAGUGUCUCAUCGCCUGAAAUUCCGCCCGACGAUGACGACGACGAGGAAGAAGAAGAAGAAGAGGAAAAUUCCCUAGUCAACGUGAAACUAGAACCGGGUUUGAGAAAUAAUCACAAUCACGAGGCGAAGAAACGACCAGUGGCGAAAAGGGGGAGAAAACCGAAAGGAAUUGUCAUUAAGCAAGAGCCGAGGGAGGAAGUGAUUGAGGAGGAGAGAAUCGAGCAGGAAAUUGUCGAUGGAAAUGCGAUGGAGGUGGCAUUCGAGGCGAAUGUCGUCGCUACGGAGGAAUCGAUUCUUCCUGAUUUGGAUAAGGAGAAUAAUAUGGAGACGAUUGAGGAGACGACGACGACGACAGUGACGACGACAACGGCGACGGCGGGGGUGAUAAAUGCGACGGAGGAAAGUGAAGCAGAAGAGGAGGAGGCGACGGAAGAAGAGGGAGAAGCGGUGACAGGAACAGGAGGAACAAGAAGAAAUUUGAUAAAGGAGAAUGUGAAGAUAAAUGUUAAAGUUGAAUCGACACCGCAAAGUGUUGUGGCGGCGCAUAAUUUAAUUGCGCCCAGUGACGAGACUGCGGAGACAAUUAUUCCGGAUUCAUUGGAGAGUCUUGAGCAUACGUGCGAAAUGUGCUCGGCAGUGUUUCCAAGUCAUGCCGAAUUACUCGUUCAUGUGCCGAUACAUAUUUGACUUCAGAGAAGAGAUGGGAACGUCGCUGAUAAUCAGAAUUGAGCAGGAGGAUUAUUGCCAAAAUGAAGAAAAAAGAAAAAAUAAACGAAGAAAAGUGAAAUUAAAG